GAAGACGAGUAAUUUGUCUGUAAUUAGCCCACUUGAAUUGUGGGUUUACUAUUCUAUUUAUAGAAUAAAUUACAAACAACUUUAGCAAGAAACAUGGCUGAUUACAACAGAGUAUUUUAAAUAAACAAAUCUGUUAUGAUGUUGUCUAAUAUUAGAAUUACAACCCUUUCAAUCUUCAGAUAUCUCCUUAAUUAUCUUCAACAGGUUUGAGUUUGACUUGUGGAUAUAUAAGGUUGAGAAAUCUUUAAGCCAAGGUCAAAAACAUCUCAAAACCAAAGGCAGGAUUUCAUUUAAGCAAUCAUGCAAGCACCGACAGAUCAAGAUUACCUACCGGCUCAUGUUAGAACCUCAAACCGUUGUGUCCCAGCAUGUUCAAGCUUCCUGCUAGCUUGUUUGCUUGCUUUUUCGCUCCAAAUCCUCUUAUUCUCACCCAUAACUCCCGGAACGCUUGAAUUGCCGCGUGCAUCUUCAGCUUCCUCUCUUCCCACAAACAACCAACUGCAGAGGGUUAGCAAACUUGGAGAAGGAUUUGCGAAAGGCCCAGAAGACGUUUGUGUGAAUAAAGAGGGUAUAAUCUAUACAGCUACAAGAGAUGGGUGGAUCAAAAGAUUGCAUAGAAACGGGUCUUUGGAGAAUUGGAAGAUGACAAACAGUGAUACUUUACUGGGAAUCACAAUAACAAAGGAAGGUGAAGGUGAUCUCAUUGUAUGUGAUUCUGAAAAGGGUUUGCUUAAGGUCAGUGAAGAUGGCGUCACAGUUCUUGCUUCGCAUGUCAACGGCUCCGAAAUAAAGUUUGCAGAUGAUGUUAUAGAAGCAUGGGAUGGGACUCUAUACUUUAGCGUUGCAAGCACCAAAUUUGGACUCCACAAUUGGUAUCUAGACGUACUGGAGGCAAAACCUCAUGGGCAGCUGCUCAAGUACGAUCCAUCAUCAGGUGAAACCUCGAUUUUGCUUGAUGAUUUGGGUUUCGCUAAUGGUGUUGCACUCUCAAGGGACCAAGAUUAUCUGGUGGUCUGUGAAACAUGGAGGUUUAGGUGCCUCAAGUAUUGGCUGAAAGGAGAGAACAAAGGAAAAACAGAGAUUUUUGUAGAGAACCUUCCGGGUGGCCCUGAUAACAUCAAUCUUGCCCCGGAUGGAUCUUUCUGGAUCGCUCUUCUUCAGCUUGCUUCUAAUGGGAUGGAGUUUGUGCACACCUCCAUGGCAUCCAAACACUUAAUAGCAACAUUUCCAAAGCUGGUUGAGCUAGUAACUGGCGUAUACAAGAAAGCAGCGGUUGUAAAUGUGGCUGCUGAUGGCACGAUAAUCAGGAAAUUUGAUGACCCAAAUGGAAAGGUGAUGACCUUCGUGACGGCGGCCUUUGAAUUUGAGGAUCAUUUGUACUUGGGAAGUCUGAACUCCAACUUUGUUGGGAAAUUACCCUUGAAAGACGCAUAAUGCUCAAGAAGCACAUGCACUAUUUGCAAGGGAGAGAAGAUAAUGAAGGAAACUGUAACUUGUUUUGUACCAUAAGGAAAAUUGAUGGAUAAAAUCGGUUUGAUAGAAAUUACCUUUGAAAAUCAGCUUGUAAGAGAACGGUGCUUAAAAGCUUAUAUACACAUGGUUAAGAAUGCACUUGCGCGCCUUAUAAUUUUAAGUUUUAACACAUUCUAACCCUUUUCAAUUAUAACCCAGUAAAAUAAACGUCACAGCUGGAAAGUUGAAAAAAAAAAAAGAAAAAAAAAAAAGAAAGAGAAGCAAUCAACGAAGAAAAAGGACACUAGAAAAAUUGCACCUAUUGCAACCUCAUCCUCUUCUCUAGCUUCUCCGGAUCUCUUUUAGAUCGGUUGUCGUUUGCCUUUCUGCUGCUGCUGACAAACUCCGAGAAGGAUGGAAUUG